AUGGCUCCACGCGCUCCACCGUUGCAUGCAGCGACGCAUUCGCCUGCUCCACUGCUAGGAGUCGCUCCGACAGAGCGCGGUAGUCCUCAUGGCGAGGCAGCCGGCGCACGACGUGCUUUUAAUCGUCAAGAGCGUUCGCACAGCGAUAUGCUACUUCAGCAUGACGGUCAGCGGAUCUCCGAUCACGAAGGACCUCGUCUUCAAGGGCUCGAAGAGCAGCACGAGUCACCGGACGGCGGUCGACCCGGUCAUCACCGCCCGCCGCCGGAACUUCUCGAUGCGAGCGGUGACGUCCACUAUCACGUGGAACGUCUUGUGGGACGACGUCGUCGCCAGGGUCAAACCCAAUAUCUGGUGAAGUGGCGGGGAUAUCCCGACUCCGAAAACCCGUGGGAGUUUGAGGCGCCACUUCGGCAAGAUUUCCCCAGUCGCCGUGGACGCUUUUGA